AGUCCAAGGCUCUUCCAGCAGCGCGCAGCGCACACGCUGCACUGCGCGGGCGCUCCGAGAGCCAUUCGACAACCACUCGCCGACGCGCGCGCAGCAUGACGCGGCUCUCUCUGCCUCUGCACCUCGCGUUGCUGCUCGGAGCAGCAAUCGCGGCGCCGGCGCCGGCGCCGGGCCGAGUGCCGAAGGUGUACAACGCGCUCAUCACGUCCAAUCAGAAUCUGGAACCCAGCAAAGCUUACCCGGUGUAUCAGCCGGUGCUGCACGACCCCUUCGGCUUCCCGUACUCGCCUUUCGUGUAUGGGGACUACUCUAUCAGUAACGGUUUGAUCCCGGUUCCUGCGCCAUCUCCUAAGGGACAGCCAGCACCUGCACCUCCUGCUCCAUCGCCAGAGUCACCGCCGAAGGCUGCAGAAGCUCCCUCCGAGGACAAAACUCCCUCGAGCGAGAUUCCACCACCUGAGCCUCAGCCUGAAUCCGACAGCGACAAACCGACGCCCGCGCCGCCGCUCCCGCCGAACACAGAAUCCCCCAUACCGCUAAACGAAUUCGGCUUGCCUUCUCAUGUUUUGCCAUUGGGCCGUAUUAAUCCAGCUUAUAACGGAUUCACGCAAGUCGGCCCAUUCACCUACCCGUACACGUACUCUGGCUUCAGAUUCUACGACCCGUAUGAUCCGUUUAGCUUUAACCCGUACGCGAAUUUGCCGCCUUUGUAUAGACCAUUGACGAAUACGUUGGUACCGCAAGGUCCUGCGCUGGUUCCCGCCAGGGCUGUGCCCGUAGCGCCAGCGCCCGCACCUGCGCAAAGCGCAGACGCGCCUCCCUCCGAGCCAAGUGACCUAAACCUUCUCAACUAUGCGUCGAAGGACCCCGCUAUACCUAAUGUGCCUCCGCCUCCACUACCAAGCGGUGGACUAAAAACUGAUAAGUCAGAAUAAUGGGGACAGACAGACUUGGGCAUAUUACUUUUGGUCCACAAACAGAAUAUCAAGCCAAGCCAACCAAACCAAGCAAUAUCCUAUUUACUCCGCAAACGCAUUAAAAAGGGAAUCCAUUAAAAGCGUAUCAACCUUUCGAAAUGUCGAGUCGGACUAACCAGGCUAACACAGCUCAGAUUUUGCAAAUUGCUAUAGUUCGUCUUUUUUAGCAUUAGAAAGAACUUGAAAGAAGGUAAGCGAUCUUGACAUGUCUUUUAAUUAAAAAACGCUUUUUAAAAAUCGGUAACUAUUAUUUAUGAAAGCAAAAGAAUAUAAAUGAUUGUAUUAGAUUCAUAAUUGUUACAUAUUUGCCAUAACUUAUUUUUAAAAUGUGUUUUUCAAUUAAAAUACACAUCAAGAUUGUUUACUCGUACCUUAUUUUUAAUGCUAAAAAAAACGAACUAUGACUAAGUUUGUAAAUUUCAUUAAAAACGUGUAAUUUAUAUGACUACAAUUUUACACUUCCACACCCUAACACCUCAAAGCCAUUGGAGGCUGCUUGUUUCGACUAUUAGUUCUAAAAAUUGAUUUGUACUAUGAUUCAGAUUCCUAUGAAAACAUUUUAGAAAACAAAAUUAGCAAAAUUCCUGUACUCGAGUUUGCAGCGAUUAUCUUGGUCGGUGGGUGUGAUAUUGAGAUUAAGUAUUAGAAUGACUUAGGUUUAUUUAAAUAAGGGUGUCUUAUGCAACACCGUGCCCACACGAGCACUGGGUAAUUAAAAUUUUAUUUAAGUCAGUAGCUAAAGAUCGAAGCUUCAGAUCUGAUUUUGAAACUGUUUCUUCUACGCAAUUUUGACUAGUAUUCCCGUCCCGGUCAACACACGAGCAAAAGCGUAUGGCAUGGGCAUAUGGCAUAUCUAAUGGCUCCUCUACACGAUGGGCCAGCGCCGGCCACUCCAAGGGACACAACCAUGCGGUAGAAUGAGAUAGCAAUAUCACUUGCUCCCUCUAACGCAUAAAUGCGUCCCUUGGAGUGGCCGGCGCUGGGCCAUCGUGUAGAGGAGCCAUAAGAGAAUCAGUCGACCGAGUGCCGGCCGGCAGUUGUCGGUGGUACGUGAGUAGUCCUUACUUGUAUUAUCCCAGUGAUGAUGACGGCAGCUAAAUUUAUUCUUAAUUAAUAUUAAUGAGGCAUGACUAAGUUCCUGGUGAUACUUUUCGUAUUUAUAUAAUUUUUAAAGUUUGUACAAGUGUUAUUGAUAUUAAUAUUUGUCAUUAUAAUUAUUAUAUUACAGAAAAAUAUACCGAUAAAAAGUUGUAUACAUAA